GUUCGUCUUUUUUCCUUCACUGUCGGUGCAGUUUCUGGAGGGGUUUGCUGAGUAAAGUAACAUUCGGCCCAAAUCACCCCAUUCCCGAAGGCCGAGACGCGAACCGAACUCGGUAGUCAUGUCACAUUUUUGGCCCGUUUUCGGCGGUGAAUUAUUCUUACGGAUUACCAUAUCAUCUGGUGCAUUUAUGGGAUUACUGAUACUUUGCCGACACAUUGAAGCUUGUAUAUUGCUAACCCAUUGGACGCCAAUCCGGGACAGAGUAGGGUGCAUUUACAAAGUAAAAUCGAACGCAUCAAAUGAUACCUUUAGGACCCCAGAACUGUCAUCCAUAGCACACUGGCUUCCAAAGCCACCCUGACAACCGUCUCAUUGCUGGCGGUAUGGGGGAAGCGGGGUCAAAACCACUCGAUGAUGUGGUGAAGGGGCCGACACAGUCUGGUCGUGAAACGGACUCGUCGUCGGCGUCGGCUGGGAUUGAUCUCGAAAAGGAGAGCGGGGAAGGCAUCGGGCGAACACCAACCGGCACCAGUGAUGAGGAGAACGCUGGGGAGGAACGGCCCCCCUUGUCGCACCAACGAACCCAUGAGGACGGCGGCAACGGCAACGGCAACGGCAUGCUCUCACGGGUAGCGAGCCGUGUUAUUACCAAGGUCAGCACCAAGUCCAGCUGGAACCCCGGCCCGCCCCCUGACGGCGGCUUGCAAGCCUGGGUAGCCGUGGCCUGCACACACCUAGUCAUCAUGAACACCUGGGGCAUCAUCAACUCCUUCGGCCUGUUCCAAACCCACUACACCACCACCCUCGGCCGCUCCCCCUCCGACAUCUCCUGGAUCGGCUCGCUCCAAAUCUUCCUCCUCUUCUUCGUCGGCGCCCUCACCGGCCGGCUCACCGACGCAGGCUACUUCCGGCACAUCUUCCUGGUCGGCGUGGCCUUCCAGAUCCUGGGCAUCUUUGCCGCGUCGGCCGCCACCCAGUACUGGCAGCUGGUGCUCGCGCAGGGCAUCUGCAUGGGGUUGGGGAACGGCUGCCUCUUCUGCCCCUGCGUGUCCACGCUGUCGACGUAUUUCAGCCGGCGCCGCGCGCUGGCGAUCGCGUUGGGUGCGUGCGGCAGCGCGACGGGCGGGCUGGUCUUUCCGGGCAUGGUGCGCCAGCUGCUGCCCGCUCAGGGGUUCCCCGCGGCGAUGCGCGCGGUUGGGUAUGUGCAGCUCGCGACGUUUGGUGUGGCGCUGGUGGGACUGAAGCCCAGGAUCCCGCCGCGCCGGAGCGGGCCGUGGGUGGAGUGGCGGGCCUUUCGGGAUGUUGAGUAUUCGCUUUAUGCGGCCGGGAGCUUUUCGUUCUUUUUGGGGCUGUACUUUGCGUUUUAUUACAUUGCUUCGUUCAGCAGGGACAUCAUCGGGAUGGACUACACGAGCAGCUUGAACAUGUUGCUAGUCAUAAACGGUGUCGGCAUCCCGGGCCGGGUGAUUCCGAACCACCUUGCCGACAGGUACGGCACGAUCAAUAUGCUCAUUCCCGCGACCGGUGCGGCCGCGAUAUGUGUAUUCAGUUGGAUGGCCGUCAAGUCCACGCCGGCACUGUAUGUGUGGUGUUGCUUUUAUGGCAUAACGGCUGGCAGUAUCCAGAGUCUAUUCCCCGCUGGCUUGAGCAGCUUGACGACAGACUUGCGAAAGGCUGGCGUGAGGAUGGGUAUGAUAUUUACGAUUGUUAGUUUUGCAACCCUCGCGGGGGCCCCGAUUGCUGGGGCCAUCAUCACCGCUUCGGGGGGAAGAUAUUAUGGGGCUCAGGCGUUCGCAGGCGCAGCCUUGAUGCUGGGGAUGGUUCUGAUGGCGACGGCGAGGGUCGUCAAGGUGAAGCGAUUGACGCGGGAAGCGGACAUGGCGGGUUCGUGGUGGCGUGUCAAGGUCUAAUCAUUGAGGGUGCGGGAAAUACCAAGGGUAAUUAUAAAUGUAGUGAACAGAGGUACUUCAGGCUACUAACUGUGGCCUAAUAUUCUAAAAGGGGUACCGGCCAGGAACAGAGCCAGGACCGC